AUGGUACUUCUCAAUACCCUCAAGAGGGAUACGCCACAGCUACAGAAUGGACAAACUGUAGCCUACGAAUAUCUUAUUGACGAUGAGCACUGGCAGUGGACACUUGGCACGGUGGUUUCGCUGAAGGAGUACACUGCCGUCGUGCAGCAGUGGAGCAUCAAUCAAGGCGACGACGCGGCACUGAAGAAUAUCGUUUCGAAUGAGAUUGAAAAGGAGAUGAAAAGGAUGAGGGUGUUCCAGGAGCGACUUUCGACCUCAAGAGAUAAACUCGCUGCUAUUCGCAGUGAAAACGAGGAUAGCGUUUCCGCCGCAAGGUCUGUGUUUGAGGUGGCGAAGGAGCAGGUGAAGGCGGUUGAUGAGGUGCACAUGCGUGAAGUGACGUCUCAGGCUCGACCCUCCCCAGUAGCCGUAGAGGUUUUAAAGGCAGUGCUCGCGGUGGCCAAGAAUGACCCCGCCAUCAACGACUGCUUCUCAUGGUACGACAUCCAAAUGGAAUACAGAAAGCCAGGUGCUGUCAUGGAUUUCAUUUAUGUGGAUGUCCCUGGACGGUACUAUCCAACUCCUGACACCAUUCUUUCUUCAUUGCACGAGCCGCGUUUUUCUUUGGCAGCCGCUGCGCGAGAUUCUGAAGCUAUCAGGAGCCUUCACCAGUGGGUGAUAAGCGCCCUGGCGUAUCAAGAGGCACACAGCAGACUAACAUCAGACAUGCGCAUACAAGCGCAAAAUGAUGCCAUUGGCGCCGCCAUUUCCGGGAUGAAGGCGUGCCGUAUGAAGGUCAUGAAGCUGAAGGAGGAGUUGUCGCGCAGAAAUUCCUCAGCCGCUAGGGGUCAAGUGACAUCGUUUAUUAAAACAUCUGUGCAUUCCACGAUUCCUCUCUCGGCUGUUAUUUCUGUGGUGCCUAUUGAUCCAUCAGUAACGGAUUGUGCGCUAACCGAUGACGAGGUUGAUGUUUUGUAUGAGGAUGCAUCGUGGCUGCGCUUUCAACUUAAGGACCAGCUCUCUCGGACAAUGAACGAGUAUAUUGGAGCCAUGGCGGAGCUUCACUGCCUUUCGAUGUACACCACUGAGCUCGAAGAAAAACGACUGUACCUGCAAGAACACUACACUCGCAAUGUUAUUCGUAGCCAUGAUAGAACAACCUUGAAGUUUCAUGAUCGUGACACCUCCGGAAAGAACAAGGAACUGCAAGACAUUAUUGAUGACUUGAAGAAGCAUGACGAGCGGUGGCUCUUUGCGGAUGGUCUGAAGGUAACCACAAAACAUGCCAAGAAAUACCCCGGAAAAGACUGGGGGACACUGUUUAAGAAUAAGCCGGAGGAAGUGCUGGCGAGGUUUAGGUUUGAACAAGCUCUUGCAUGCCACGUUCCAGACGACUGUAUUCAGAAUGUCGAAUUCCAUCUCGAGCCCGAUGCUCUUGUUACCUCGUUCAACGUCCGGCACUCUACGGAGCUGACCACAGGGGAGAUUGAUAGGCGUCUUGAACAAUUCCCACCGCGUGAGAUGAACCGCCUGUACCAUGAUCCCAAUGGCGCCAAGGUGUCUCUUGACCGCGCAAUUGUGGAAGUCUGCCGCGCACUUGACAUUCCGGAGACGAAGUUUCAAGGACUGUACUUUGACGAGUUCGUCGAGGAGCUGGGAGGAAAGGGCCAUCUUGUUGACAAGGAUGCAUAUGAAAGCGAGAUUGGCGAUUUGCUUAUGCUGCUGGACAAGAUUCACAAUGAGAACCGCUCGUUGCAGUGCACCCUGGAAAAAUCAGCUGAGGAGUUCCGUCGGCAGACGGCAUCAACGCUACGGGAGCAGGAAGCGUUACGGCAGCGAAACAAUGAGCUUCAUGCCGAAAUUGGUCGAAUGCGCGAUUUGGUAGAGAAGUUGAAAGACCUUGCUGACAAACAGGCAAGUGAACUGGAGUUGUUUAAGUUGCAAAAGAACCAGGCAAUUCAGAUGCGCACCCAACGUAAUCUGUCGACAUUUAAGGGAGAUAACACCGCGGAACCGCUUUACUGCGUGACUCUGGAUGAGCUUCAUGAACAGAUGAAGCAGUGCGAGCUGCUCGAGAAUGAGGCUGCACAGCUGCAGAAACAGCUGGAGGAUCUUAAUCAAACUCACGAUAAUCUCCUUGUCCAUUUGAAUACAAUAACACAAGGGAAAAAGGGCGUGGAGACCGAGAAUGAGCAGCUUAAAGAUGAACUACAAAUAGCACAGAAGGCAGCGAGCGACGCCGCACAGGAACGCUCGGAACUCCUUCAUGAGUUAGCACGAAAGAGGGCAGAAUGCGAAGAGUUAGCGAAAAAUUUACGUCGGAUAAGUGACCUAUUAGACGCUCUCAAAACCUCUGAGAAGGAGGCGCUAGAAGGCAUCGAAGCGCGUGAUGAAGAGAUCCAUGACCUUCAAAAGCAACUUGAGGAUGCACUGAAUAAUCAAAAUGUUGGUGCUCGUGCGCUUGAGUUGAAAGAACGACAAAACGAAGAACUUAUGGAAAUAAAUCAAAGAAAGCAAAAAGAACUAAACGCUCAUCGACAAAAACGCCGCACCGCUCAUGAAGCAAGGUCACUGGAGCCCACGCUUCAGCUUUAUACGGUAAAAGACGCGGGUCCCGAGAAUGCCCUGGACCCAGAAGAAAUUAUGAGGGAACCCCUACUUUCUAUCACAAUGGACGAAUAUACAAAUCAGAUACAACGGAGCAACCAGCUCCAACAAGAAAACGAUACUCUUCGCCAGCAGCUACAACAACUCAGUGACGAUAUGGAAACAAUUAACAGCCAGCUAAGAGAAGCAGCAGCAGAUAAUCAGAACCUCAGCGAUCAACUUCGUGCCAAAUACGAAGAAAUUGUAAAAGCAAACAACACAAUCCAAAGUCUCUACCGGCAACAUGAAACACAAGAAAACGAGCUUCAAAACAAAAGCAUAGAGAACGCAAAACAAGCUGAGGAGCUUGAAAAGCUUACCAUCGAAAACGAAAAGCUUGCCGAUGAGCUCGAAAAGCUAGCCACCGAUAACGAGAAGCUGGCGGAUGAGCUUGAGCAGAAGGCAGCGGAGAAUGAGAGGCUGGCGGAUGAGCUUGAGCAGAAGGCAGCGGAGAAUGAGAGGCUGGCGGAUGAGCUUGAGCAGAAGGCAGCGGAGAAUGAGAGGCUGGCGGAUGAGCUUGAGCAGAAGGCAGCGGAGAAUGAGAGGCUGGCGGAUGAGCUUGAGCAGAAGGCAGCGGAGAAUGAGAGGCUGGCGGAUGAGCUUGAGCAGAAGACAGCGGAGAAUGAGAGGCUGGCGGAUGAGCUUGAGCAGAAGGCAGCGGAGAAUGAGAGGCUGGCGGAUGAGCUUGAGCAGAAGGCAGCGGAGAAUGAGAGGCUGGCGGAUGAGCUUGAGCAGAAGACAGCGGAGAAUGAGAGGCUGGCGGAUGAGCUUGAGCAGAAGGCAGCGGAGAAUGAGAGGCUGGCGGAGGAGCUUGAGCAGAAGGCAGCGGAGAAUGAGAAGCUGGCGGAUGAGCUUGAGCAGAAGGCAGCUGAGAAUGAGAGGCUGGCGGAUGAGCUUGAGCAGAAGGCAGCGGAGAAUGAGAGGCUGGCGGAUGAGCUUGAGCAGAAGGCAGCGGAGAAUGAGAAGCUGGCGGAUGAGCUUGAGCAGAAGGCAGCUGAGAAUGAGAGGCUGGCGGAUGAGCUUGAGCAGAAGGCAGUGGAGAAUGAGAAGCUGGCGGAUGAGCUUGAGCAGAAGGCAGCGGAGAAUGAGAGGCUGGCGGAUGAGCUUGAGCAGAAGGCAGCGGAGAAUGAGAGGCUGGCGGAUGAGCUUGAGCAGAAGGCAGCUGAGAAUGAGAAGCUGGCGGAUGAGCUUGAGCAGAAGGCAGCGGAGAAUGAGAAGCUGGCGGAUGAGCUUGAGCAGAAGGCAGCUGAGAAUGAGAGGCUGGCGGAUGAGCUUGAGCAGAAGGCAGCGGAGAAUGAGAGGCUGGCGGAUGAGCUUGAGCAGAAGGCAGCGGAGAAUGAGAAGCUGGCGGAUGAGCUUGAGCAGAAGGCAGCGGAGAAUGAGAGGCUGGCGGAUGAGCUUGAGCAGAAGGCAGCUGAGAAUGAGAGGCUGGCGGAUGAGCUUGAGCAGAAGGCAGCUGAGAAUGAGAGGCUGGCGGAGGAGCUUGAGCAGAAGGCAGCUGAGAAUGAGAGGCUGGCGGAUGAGCUUGAGCAGAAGGCAGCGGAGAAUGAGAGGCUGGCGGAUGAGCUUGAGCAGAAGACAGCGGAGAAUGAGAGGCUGGCGGAGGAGCUUGAGCAGAAGGCAGCUGAGAAUGAGAGGCUGGUAGAUGAUAAAAAGCGUUUGGAGGAGGAGUUGGAGCGGAAUGUGUUGGAAAGGGAAAGAAUUGAAUCGGAGUGUAGGUCGAGGGAGUUGGUUGUUGGUGGGCUGGAAUCUAAAUCUCGUGAGUUGGAAGAGGCACUUGUAGCUUUAUCUGCCGAAAAGUAUAAUGCUGUUGAAACAAUUGAGAAGGAAUUAACCGAUAUUUUGGUACAACUAAAGGGAGUUGAGGGGGUGAAUGGUGCUCUGAGGCGUCUUUUGUCGGAUAAGGAGAAGGAGUUGGUGUUUUUGAGGGCGCACUGUGAGUUGUGGACGGACCCAACGGAGGUAAAGGAGAAGGUGGUUACGCGACACGUAAAGGUUUUCGACGGUGAUGAAUGGGAGAAAUUACUGUGUGAGAGACCUGAGGCACUCAUGGCCGCCUUUGUCAUUGAUGCCGGUAAUGCAUGUCAUGUGCCUGGGGAUCAGGUUUCUGCAGUCUCGUUUUUUACUGAACGCCAAUGA